ACAGGGGGUCCAUUUAAUUAGGCUAAGUGCAAGUUGCAAGUAAUGGUUUAACGUUGGCCGAAGUUGGUCAUUCAAAGUUCUAGUUUCCGACGGACGACAUGGCACAGUCAGAAGAUCUAGUUCAACCCCUGCUGCAGCAGUUCCAGCAACUGUUCUUUAUAUCGAAAAUAGCCGGGAUUUUGCCUCAGGACCUGGAAAAGUUUCGAUCGAGAAACCUGCUGGAGAAAUCCCGUAAUGGAAUGGUUUACAUGAUUGGCACUCUGGUUGUCUACGUGGCUCUCUAUAAUGUCCUAAUUUAUUCGUUUGGGGAGGAGGACCGCACGCUCAAGGCUUCUCAGAGCACCUUGACCUUCGUUAUUGGCUUGUUCCUGACCUAUAUUGGACUCAUUAUGAUGGCCACUGACCAGUUGACCGCCCUCCGAAACCAAGGCAGGUUAGGAGAGCUUUAUGAGCGCAUUCGCCUUGUGGACGAGCGUUUGUACAAAGAAAAAUGUGUGAUAGAUAACAGCACAAUUGGUCGGCGGAUCCGGAUUAUGCUCAUCAUGACGGUCAUCUUUGAGUUGUCUAUUUUAUUGGCCACCUUUAUCAAACUGGUGGACUAUUCGCAGUGGAUGUCCUUGCUGUGGAUUGUAUCCGCCAUACCCACAUUCAUCAACACGCUGGACAAGAUCUGGUUUGCCGUUUCAUUGUAUGCGUUGAAGGAGCGUUUCGAGGCCAUAAACGAUACUCUGGAAGAGCUGGUCGCCACGCACGAGAAAUAUAAGAUGUGGCUCCGCGGAGACCAGGAGACAGCACCUCCUUUAGACAGCUCGCAGCCGCCCCAGUAUGAUAGCAAUCUAGAGUAUCUGUACAAGGAACUUGGGGGCCUCGACAUGGGUUCUAUCGGAAAAAGUUCUGUCUCUGGCUCGGGAAAGAAUAAGGUGGCACCGGUGGCCCACUCGAUGAACUCAUUUGGUGAGCUAAUCGAUGCGGCGACAGGUAAACCUCCACCGAAUCCCCUUGCCUCCAACAUGGUUCAUGAAAGCGAGCUGGGAAAUGCAGCCAAAGUGGAGGAGAAGCUGAACAACCUGUGCCAAGUGCACGACGAGAUCUGUGAGAUCGGCAAGGCCAUGAACGAGCUGUGGAGCUAUCCCAUCUUGGCCCUAAUGGCCUAUGGAUUUCUUAUUUUUACCGCACAAUUGUAUUUUCUUUACUGCGCUACUCAGUACCAGUCGAUUCCGUCGCUUUUUCGCUCCGCCAAGAAUCCAUUCAUCACGGUCAUCGCACUAAGUUAUACGUCCGGAAAGUGUGUGUACCUCAUCUACCUAAGCUGGAAGACAUCCCAGGCCUCUAAACGCACUGGGAUUAGUCUCCAUAAGUGCGGUGUGGUGGCGGAUGAUAACCUUCUCUACGAAAUAGUGAACCACUUGUCGCUGAAGCUGCUUAACCACUCAGUGGACUUCUCUGCCUGCGGCUUCUUUACCCUGGACAUGGAGACACUUUAUGGAGUAAGUGGUGGGAUCACCAGCUACCUGAUCAUCUUGAUCCAGUUCAAUUUGGCCGCUCAGCAGGCCAAAGAAGCCAUUCAAACUUUUAACUCGCUGAAUGACACCGCCGGCUUAGUUGGAGCGGCUAGCGAUAUGGGCAAUGGCAGCUCAACAUUGCACGAUAUGGUGACCACCACCAUGCUUACCCCGACGGGCUAGAUCUUUGCAUGGAUGUUGAUGUUUUUUCAAAGUAUAAGGCACAUCUUGGCACUUUUAUUAUGUAUCUGGCACUAAAUAAACUCUCACGACGCA